AUGGACGGACAGGAAGACAAACAAUUCGGGCUUCGGCAUGGUUGUAAGCCGCUCAAUCCCUGGAGUGCAAAAUGGCCUUGGGGUGUUGAUAUACUCUUCAAUGCAUUACGUUAUGUGCGAGAAGAGCGUGUCCUUGCAUUCAUGCUUACGGUCGUCGACGAAUCCGGGACGACUUUCGAGCAGAAUCUGCUAGGUGCUCGCGGUAUUGAUACCGUCGACCCCGAGAAUAUCGAAGCCAUUUUGUCAAAGGACUUCACUAACUACAGCCUUGGUCUUCGGCCACGACACUUUUACCCUUUGAUGGGAAGUGGGAUUUUUACGCAAGAUGGUGCCGAAUGGAAGCAUUCCCGAGACUUGCUACGGCCGCAGUUCAUGUCGAAUCGCUUCCAGAACUUCGAGCAGAUCAAGGAAUGCGUGCGAAAUCUCAUAGCUAACAUCCCAUCUUCCGGCCAGGUUGAUCUGCAACCGCUCUUUUUUCGGUUGACAUUCGACACCACGACAUUUCUUCUAUUCGGCCGAUCAUUGUCCACCCUUACCUCGGCUGAUAUCGCGAGCAAGGAGUCUGAAUUCGCGGAUGCGUUCAACGUGGCUCAGGACCAUCUUGCGAUGCGAGGGCGACUAGGUGACUUCUACUGGGUGCUGCCUCGGAAGGAGUUCGAUAAAGCAUGCAAGACGUGUCACCGAUUCGUUGACCAAGCUGUGACUGAAGCACUCGAGGAUUCAAGCCGGAAGUCUCCCGAGGAGUUGGAUGGGAGAAAUUACGUGUUCCUGAAUGCACUGAUUCAGGAAACACAAGAUCCGAAGGUCCUCAGAGAUCAGUGCAUGAAUAUUCUGCUGGCAGGGAGAGAUACGACAGCGUGCUGCCUGUCCUGGUCAUUCCGCCUCUUAGCUCGACAUCAGAACGUUCUCGAAAAGCUACGAUCCGAGAUCGAAACUACGAUUGGGCUCGGCCCUGAUGCCGCCGAACCCACGCGAAAAGACCUAAAGAAGAUGACCUACCUUAACAUAGUGAUCAAGGAGGUGCUUCGCUUAUACCCAUCCGUUCCUGUAAAUGGCCGAGCGGCGCUUAAAACCACUGUACUUCCGGUGGGUGGAGGGGAGGAUGGAAAAUCACCUGUCCUCGUCCGUCGCGGCGAGCCUGUUGGAUAUUGCGUAUACGCUAUGCAUAGACGGAAGGACAUAUAUGGAGACGAUGCAGAAGAAUUUCGCCCUGAGAGGUGGGAAGGCGAUGCGUUGAAAGAUGUUGGUUAUGGUUACCUCCCUUUUAACGGUGGGCCGAGAAUAUGUUUGGGACAGGAUUUCGCCAUUGCGGAAACUGCGUAUACUAUAGCCCGCAUCAUUCAGGUGUUUCCUCAGAUUGGGGUAUCAGAAGUGGAGGCAAAGGUGAAAUUGGGAGCGGAGAGACAGAGCAUAACCCUUGUGGUGUCGAGUGCAGAAGGGUGUAAAGUUGAGCUCAAACGCGCAUGA